GCCCACACACGACACACGUCCGUGAACCACUGACACAAAGAAAGAAAGAAAGAAACCAUGAACUGCCUACUACGGAACUCGCGCCGCCUCCUCCUUGUGUGUAAGCAGGCAGGCGGCGUCCGCCGACUGGCUUCGCUGCUGCCGACCCAUGCAAACCCGGUGUUCCGCUUCAGUCAGUGGUACCGUAAUCCGCGUACGGUCGCUGCAGUGGCGGCCCUCGCCUCAGGUGCCGGGGCUAUGGCCGCGCUGGGCCUCUACGACCGCGAGGUUGUGCCUUACACGAACCGCACGCACAUGGUCAUCAGGUCUCCCCAGUCCGAACGCCAGCUCUGGGAGUCCCGUUACACAAAGGACAAGAAAAUCUGGGCUUCCGAAUCACGGAUCGUCGAUCCGCUUCACCCAGACAGCAUUCGUGUACGUCGUAUCGCCGAGAAAGUUAUUGGCGCCACCUAUCGUACCCUCCCUAUCAACAGCAGCCACGAUGGCACCAAGAGACCGAAGCCACAGACAAGUCAUCUUGAGGGGUUUGAGUGGGAGGUGAUACUUGUUAAAGACGACGACCCCACUGCAGCGUGCGCUCCUGGUGGCAAGAUUGCAGUAUUUACCGGAUUGCUCGACCGUUUUACCGAUGCUGAGAUUGCCUUUGCUAUUGCGCAUGAGAUUGGUCACAUCGUUGCCAGACACUACUCGGAAAUUUGUUACGCCAAGUGGUCUCCAAUACCCAUGUUUGUGCCUUUCUUCCGAAGGUCGGAGAUGGAGGCAGAUCACAUUGGAACCCUUCUACUUGGAGCUGCUGGUUUCCAUCCAUACGCGUCCCUCUUGUACUUCCGGAAGCAGGCAAUAAUUGAAAGAGAGUCGGUGUCACAAGAUCACAUCCUUUUUAAUCCUUCAGAUACAACAAGGGCAGAGCGUGUGAUGCAACCCAAAAUCAUGCAGGAGGCACUGAAACUAUAUAAGGAAGCUCCGCCCGACGAAGGUACCAGCUCAGAAGCCCCCGCUGAAGGAUUUUCCUUUCGACAAACCCUGGGAGAUGCAUUCCAACUUAUAUCGACAAGACUGAGGCACGCUCUUACGGGGGGAUCAGCAGAUUAGAAUGCCCAAGUUGAAGAACCACCCACAGCCACAUCUUCAGCACUUUCCGAUAUGAAUGGACAUCCCUUCCUGGUAGUUUUUGAUCGAUUCCGUGUAUUCCACAUAUUCAAGAGUGGUUAGGAGAGUUAGUUUGCCGGAUGUGCCAUGACUACCUGAAAUUUACUUAUAUAGUACCAGUUUUUUA